CCCCUCCCCUCCGGCCCGGCCCGGCCCGUCCCGACGCGCGGCCGCCGCUGCGCACCCGUCUCGGCGGAGCCGCGGGGCCCCGGCGCGGCCUGCGGGGCAGCGCCAGCCUCCGCCCGCAGCCCGCAGCCCGCCCGCGGAGGAUGAGGAGCCCGCAGCGACGAUUGAUAGAAAUAUGCAUUUCCAUAGUAUCACCUUUGAACUAAUGAAGUGGAAGUACAGAUGAAAACAGUCUGGAGGAAGCUUGAAGUACAAUACAGUUUCAUUCAGUUUCCUAAUUCUGAGAUAAGGUAUAACCUAUCCAUAUAGGAAUUUAUCCUCUUGUGGAAGUGUAAUUUUAGAGAAAAAGCUCCAAGGGAAAGAUCAGCAUUAAAUUCAGGAAACAGACUUCGAAAAGUUGCAAAAUCAUCUUUGCAGUCAAGCACCAAAUCUGGUAUUAGGCUUCACCGAACAGACUAAGCUCAACGUUUGUCAAGCAGAAGGGCCACUGCCUUGCACAGGAAGGAUUAGAAGUGAACAAUGACUCGACUAAGAGUUUGUGAGCGAUUGCUUGGAGCCUACCUGCUUAUCAUUUUACAUGUUCAAGGACAAAAUCUAGACAGCAUGCUGCAUGGCACAGGAAUGAAGACAAAUCCUGACCAGAAGAAACAAGCAAAUGGGGUAACACUUGCUCCAGAAGACACCUUACCAUUUCUUAAGUGCUACUGCUCAGGACAUUGUCCAGAUGAUGCUAUUAAUAACACGUGCAUAACUAAUGGGCAUUGCUUUGCUAUUGUUGAGGAAGAUGAACAUGGGGAACCAACGCUUGCUUCUGGUUGCAUGAAGUAUGAAGGUUCAGACUUCCAGUGCAAGGAUUCACCAAAAGCACAGUUACGUCGGACAAUUGAGUGCUGUAGGACUGACUUCUGCAAUCAGGAUUUACAACCAACUUUACCACCACUUGAUAGCACAGAUGGACUCUUUGAUGGCAGCAUUCGUUGGAUGGCAGUGUUGAUUUCUAUGGCAGUCUGCAUAAUUGUCAUGAUCAUCUUAUUUAGCUGUUUUUGUUACAAGCAUUAUUGUAAGUCAAUGGCAAAGAGGCACUGUUAUAAUCGUGACCUGGAACAAGAUGAAGCAUUUAUUCCAGCUGGGGAGUCAUUAAAAGACCUUAUUGACCAGUCACAGAGUUCUGGCAGUGGAUCAGGACUACCGUUGCUGGUUCAGCGCACCAUUGCCAAACAAAUCCAGAUGGUGAGGCAAGUUGGAAAAGGACGAUACGGUGAGGUGUGGAUGGGCAAAUGGAGGGGUGAAAAAGUUGCAGUCAAAGUCUUUUUCACCACAGAAGAAGCCAGUUGGUUCCGAGAAACAGAGAUUUACCAAACCGUUCUAAUGCGUCAUGAAAACAUCCUUGGUUUUAUAGCUGCAGAUAUUAAAGGAACCGGAUCCUGGACACAGCUUUACUUGAUUACAGAUUAUCAUGAAAAUGGAUCACUCUAUGAUUUUCUGAAAUGCACUACACUAGAUAACAGGGCUCUCCUCAAACUGGCAUAUUCUGCUGCGUGUGGUCUGUGCCAUCUACACACAGAAAUAUAUGGGACACAAGGCAAGCCUGCUAUUGCACACAGGGACCUAAAGAGUAAAAACAUCUUGAUAAAGAAAAAUGGAACCUGCUGUAUUGCUGACUUGGGUCUUGCAGUCAAGUUUAACAGUGACACAAAUGAAGUUGAUGUUCCCUUGAAUACUAGAGUGGGAACAAAACGUUACAUGGCUCCAGAGGUCCUAGAUGAAAGCCUGAAUAAAAACCAUUUUCAACCAUAUAUCAUGGCUGACAUCUACAGUUUUGGGCUAAUCAUUUGGGAAAUGGCUCGGCGUUGUGUCACAGGAGGUAUUGUUGAAGAGUAUCAGUUGCCAUACUAUGACAUGGUGCCAAAUGACCCAUCCUAUGAGGACAUGAGAGAAGUGGUGUGUGUCAAACGUCUACGCCCAGUAGUAUCUAACAGAUGGAAUAGUGAUGAAUGUUUAAGAGCAAUAUUGAAAUUAAUGUCUGAAUGCUGGGCUCAUAAUCCUGCCUCAAGACUCACUGCCUUGAGGAUCAAGAAGACGCUUGCCAAGAUGGUGGAAUCACAAGAUGUCAAGAUUUGACUUAGUAAAUUGACAUUGGAGAGCAAAGCUGGACUCCUAGAACUUUUUCACCUAAACAUGGGUGAGACCUAUGUGGAAAGAGGAAAUAACUGAGAUUCAGUAUAUUUUCUCACCACACUUCUACAGGCUGCUAAUCCAAUCUUUCAGUACUUCAUAGACUGUGAUACUGAGAGCCUCUGUACACUACAUGCUACAUAUAUGGACAGCCUUGGUAAAAUACACAUUUUGUUUUUGUUUGAGCUGCAUUGAGACUUCAGUCACAUUUAGUGAGUCUCCAGUAAAACUCUGGGUACUGAAUUGAAUGUUCAGAUUACAGUGCUUUCUGUGAAAGCCUAACAAGCUAUAUGGAUUCAACAGAGAUGGAGAAUAUAAGCUUUUUAUUUGCCUCUACCUGAUAAAAACCUAGUCAAUCCAUACCAAGUUUUUGUGAAACAGCUUGUAUGUUAUGAAUCUGUUUGUGAUACUACUCAGUUUAACAGUUCUUUAUGCCUUUAUGUGUGUGCCAGGAUUGUUUUGCUGCCAUUUGGAAUAGAUAAGAAAACAUUUAAAUGAACCAAGUUUUAUUAUCGGGGCUCUAUUGUGUGGCUCCACAAUUAGAGUUUUGCUACAGAACUUACUCCUUGCCAUUAAGUUAUCCUUCAAAAAUAUCAGUUUUAUUUGAACUCUUGUUUUGGUCACAAGGAGAACUGCUAAAAUGUGAACAAUUAGUAAAUUAAGAAAUGCCUACCUGGUCUGUAGAGCACUUGAAACAAUCUUCUCUAGAGGUACAGACUGCCUUGGUCAUCUUGCUUACAGAAUAGUGGGCUCCAUAAUUGGACGACUCUGAAAUUUGGUAUAUUCUUCACAAUGCCACAUGCAGCCAGUAUUCUUGCUGUAGGGUACUUUAUAUCUGAACAGAAAGGCCACUGAUGUUGUGGUUUUGCCUUUACGCUUUAGUGGAACUCACUGGUAGGUGCCUGUCAUAGUCUGAAUUUUUCCGUACAGGAGGAAAUUAGUCAGCUGUAGAAGUGUGCUUUCUCACUGUUUGACAAAACUAGGCAGAAGAUAAGUUUUUAAAGGCUUGAGAACCAGUAUCAUUUUAAGACACAAAAGGAGGAAAGAUUAGAAGAUUAGAGAAUACAAUAAAGGUCAAGACCUGCAGAACAGAAUACGUGAACUGUUGAAGGUAAGAUCCACAAUAUGCAGAAGAUUUUGGGCUAGGUUGCUAUGAUGUAAACGCAGGAGGGUCAUGUCUGUGGGACACUUAGUGGACAGUUGUAAAAUUAAAGAAUUGAGAAAAAGUAAAUCAGUGGGUGUUUUACGUUCUAGUUAGCCACAUUUUUGAGGAAUGGCAUUGAAAGAUACAUUAUGAAGAUACAAUAAAUUAGUAUAAUUGCAAAAUUUGGUCCUAUUGUGCCAACAGUUUGGCAUGCACAAGAAAUUGUAGUUCCUUCCUUUUCUCCUCUGAUCCAGACAAGUUGGUUGAAAACCAGAACCCCUCCAUGAGGUUACUAUAAGGCAGAAGUAAUGAUUUAUAAUUUCUUUGGCACUUCUACUUUGAAGUCAGAAAAUAGUACGAUAAAGUUGAAGCUUCAACUGCAUGAAUCAUCAGAAGAAUGAAAACACAGUAUUGGAAUCAUUGAACCUAUUUGAUAAUUUAAGUGCCUAUAACUUUGUACUGUAAAUCUUGUUCUAGAUAACUUUAAAAAGGGAAGUUAUUUAUACAGUGUGUUUUGUGCUUUAUUAAAAAAAAAAAAUCUAGUCCUAUGUACAUGUGUAUAAUUAGAUACAUGCGUGCACACACACAUGUAUGCCAUACCUGAGAUUUGAAGAAAAAAGGAAUAAUAUGAAAAUUUAAUAAAAAAUGGUAAAACUUCAGAUUGCUUUAUACCAGAUUAUCUUUUGUCUUAAAGUAUGUACAUGGAGAUUGUUUUGUUAUGUUUAAAUUUCCCUUGAAAAUACAUCUGAUAAAAAAGUGUAAUGCAGAACUGAUGUGAUUUGUGAACAACUACAGCCUUCUAACAUGCUUUUUUCUUUUUAAUUCUGUAGUACACAUAAUGUAAAUGGUCAGGCAAAAGAUAGCAGUAUUUUUAUUUUCUAUUGUGAUGUACAGACUUUAUUUAACAGUGCUACAUAUUUUAUAGAUAACUAGCUAUUUCAAGGGACGUUUCUUUUUUUAAAUAAAGUCAUUACUUUUGUUCAGUAAUGCCUUUAAGUAUUAAUAUGUAUUCUGGCUGAAAAGUUCAUAGGUGCAUCAAUUAUAAUUUUAAUUUAUUUGAAAAUGGUAAAAAUACACAAUAUUGUGCCACAAUUCUCAUGUUAAAGGGAUUUUUAAAAGAAGGUUUCUCCAUCCAUUGCCAAAAAUACAUGACACGUUUUAAAUGGUUAAUCAUAUCUUUGCGCAUAAUUUUUGCACAGGUAGUUGAAAAAUAAUUGGUAUAAGCCAAAAAAGUAAGGGAUAAGCUUUUUUUUGUUCUCAUCUCUAGAAUUUUUAUCAAUAAGAAGGAGAAAUGUUUAUGUAGAUACCCUGCUAGCUUAAACUUUCAGAGCAUGGAGAUGUUUAAAUUAACCCACUCCUAUUUUUGUUUCUUUCAGAAGUUGCUACAGCAUUAUAAGCGGUAAACUUUUUUAAAAUUAGUUGAUCUCAAAUCUUCAAGAAGCCAUUGGUGGUAGUAUAAGCGAAAGAAGGAAGUGUGACUUUCUAUAGCUUUUAAUUAUUCAUCUGUUUUCUCCUCUAUUGUUUAGGCAUUUGCAAGGCAAUAGGAUGGUGAUCUUUGGUAGACAUCUUAAGACUUGAAUUGAUUUAUCCAUCCAUUUUAACACAGAAGAAGUAAGCUGACUGCUGCAAAGAUGAUCUAUGAUACUUGUGAGGAAAAAAAAAUCCUUAAUCUGUAAGGUUAAGCUUAAUUUUUUCAGCACUUCAGUUAGUAGGUUCAUAUGCAAACAUAUGUUGCACGUGCAGUUUUCAUUGUCAAGAAGAGCUGCUAGAUGUUUAGGUAUUUUUUGAUUCCUUAAUAUUAAGAAAAAAAAAAAGCUAACUGCUAAAGGACCUGGUUGCAUAAAGCACUUGGCACAUCUACAUUCUAUGCAAAGUAAUCCACUGAUUGGAGCUUAAGUGUGACUAUACUGAUAUUUUAACUAUUUAAGCAGAUCUUAGCUCUAAGCCAGCCUGUUAAUUAUAACAUAAUUAAACAUACUCUUAAUCUAAGCCGUUGCUUUAUGCAAUACCAUAGAAUUCGGAAGCCUUUAAGGUUAGGGUGUGCGUAAUUGGAUUUGUCUGUCAUGUAUUUACCUCUCUUUGGAUGAAAUUUUAAGGAUUUGUCAUCUUAAAAUAAGUCUCCUAAACCUAAUGGAUGGUUUAUAUAUGCGCAUAAAUAUAUAAAUAACAAUCAGAAAUGUGGAAUAAAUGUUGAGAGUAUUAAGACUGCCUUAGAAUUUCUUACACUCAUGUACAGAAGGUUUAUUUUAAAUUCAACUUACUCCAUGUGACUUUAGUUAGCUGGAAAAUAAUUUGAGUAACUUACACAAUUAUUGCUCUUACAGUAGUGGAAAUAUUUUGUGUUCCUGUCUAACCUGCAAAUUCCACGAUAUUCCCACAAUAAAAUGUAGGUUUUCCUUUUGAGUUUUUUGAGUUUUAGUCAAAAUGUUAUUUUUCCUGAGUUUUACUCAGGAAACAGUUUUCCCAAAAUGCAUCACUUAUUUUAAUCAUCCUGAUUAUUUUCUUGAUUAAUCUAUCUUGAAAUAUUCAAGAUACGAAGUGUAAAAUGAAUGUUUUAAGUUACCUCCAUUAGAUCUUGAUCUAAGUGACCAAUUGAAUGUGUUUGUAAAGUGCAUCAUUGGGACACACUUCAUCUACUCUAUUUUUUAUAGACUGUAUUUCCGCAGUCUAAAAUGUUUGAAAAGCAAAUACAGUAAUUUAUUAUUUUUUUUAAUUGGCUAUAGCAGACAUUUCUAAAGGGAAGUUACGCUCAUCUUCAGUCAAAUAUUAGAAUGGUUUAGCACAUGCUCAUUCUUCUGGAGUGCCUCUGAAAUCAAUAGAUUUUAUCUGGUGCCCACAAUCUUUGUUCCAAAUAGGGAGUGAUGUCUGAAAUCAGCUGGCAGUGUUGCAUGAUACAGUGCUUUAUGGAGCCAUGGUGUAUUAGCCUUGUUUGGUAUAGCAGAAGUGGAGUGCACAUUACUUUUAGUUUUUGAAAAAAAAAUAUGUAAUUGUUGCUUUGUAAUAUUUUAUCUUUGAAUGCAGUUACAAACACCCACAUCAUGUAGUAGUGACGUUUGUGCUCUGACAUGCCGUGCCCAAAAUAAAAUGUACUAUAUUGUAUACAAGAAGAAUAAAUAACAUUGUAGUUAACGUAUAGAAGAUGUAAAUAAAGUAUGAAAGAAGAGUGGAACAAGGUAAAUGGUCACACUCUCGUGUGUUAUAUGCCAGAAGUGUAGAAUACUCCUUUAAAAAUGUAACACGCUAAUGUAUUUUGUACAGCAUCUGCUUUAAAAGGUGCCUUACUGAGUUUACCAUGAAUUGCUUGUUCUGUACACAGAUUAUGUCCAAUGUAUCAUUUUUAAGUAAAUAACCUUAUUUUAGUA